UCUAUGAAACAACAACAAAAAAAGGAAAUCUAUGAUGUUUUAGUUUUUAGAAAAGAACUAGAAAUUGAAUUAGCAAGGCGAUAAAUUGAGAUCUCAAGUUUGUGUCUGACAAUAAACUAUGACAGGAAAACUGACAGGUAUCAUGUAUACAUGUUUAUUAAAAAAUAAACGGGCACAAAAGAAUGUAAAGUAGUAACUAUUUAUAUUCUCUAGAGCAAAUUAAGGCUCAAGUCAAGGGAAAGACAAGUAGUCAUCUUCGAGCAAAUGAGUUGACAUGUUUUCCAUCAGGCGACUACGGAAGCAAGUAAUAUCACUUUAUUUCUCCUUUCAAAGGGGUCCCAAUGCCUUGGAGAUGGCUGUCUUACACCAAUUAAAGAAUAGGAAAUAUCUAACGUACUGGAGGUCUCCCUCUAUUUUAGUUCUAUAUAUGCAGGCCGAAUAAGUACCAAACUUACUGAAGGAGACAAAAAGGUAUUUGAUCCUUAUUCCAAUAUUCCUGGCCUUCAAACAAAGCCAAGGAGAAGCAUCUCUCCACAAUUUCUUUUUACCUUUUUAUCGUAUUCCUUUUUAGUUACUCAAACAUGAUAUGUUAAAAUAGCAUAGACUGAAAAUAAUGCUCAAAUAUUCCAAAAGUUCAUAUCACAAAACAAAGGAGCAAGAUAUUGCAUGAAAGUCUCAUCUAAAAUCAUUAACUUCUUUUUACCCAAGGCAGAGUAUAGUUAAUAUAAUAGAAUAAAAAUGCAUAUAGGAAAUGCUGCCUCAACUAAUUCUUUACAUGUCCAUAGUAAACUAACAGAGGUUUAUAGAGAGAAAUGUAUUAGUCUUCUUAUUUUGACAUGAAAUAAGAGGCAUCUCUCAACCAAUUUCCUAUCUCUUUGCUUUGUUUUUUUAUCCAAUACAAAGUACUUGAAGCUCUGGUCAACAGAAUCUUCCAUUUGAAAGGGAAAAUGGUUUUGAAGUUUUCAAGAGAUCAUACAUCAUUAGAUAGUGGAUACUUUCAGUCAAUAUCAGAAAAAAAAUUCCAAAUUUAAUUCUGGGAAUAUGGUUCCCAAACUUUGCCAGAUAAAGAAUAUGAGAACAUAAAAGUCUCUGGCGGAUAAAUUCUUGUACCCAUUGUAAGGUGUGAAGUGUUUCAAGCAAGUUAUAGUGCAGAGGAAUAUCAUGCUAGGGCCCACAAAUAUGUAAAACUGGAAGGAUGAGAUCUCUUUUUGAGCCGGCUGUGAAGAUUCGAUUGGUUCUAGCGUUCAACUGGCUCUGUCCAAGAUUCUAUGCUUCACCUAGACUCCCUCUCUCUUUCUCACCCCAUUCUCUUAUAAGAGCUCUUUGGAAACAUCUUUGGUCUGUGAAGUUGUACAACUAAGGAGAUAGAUAAGAGCAGUAGUACAGUUUUCUUGAACUGAGUAUCAGAAGCAGAAUUGUUCUCUGAAGAAUAAUACAGAAGAAUCAUGAUUUGCAUCUAAAGGGUAAGACUAGACUGAAACCAAGUACAGCAGAUCACUUUCAGAAGGCCAGAAGAUGUACCAUCAUCACCGCCAGGAUAAGAGCAUGCACCCUUCAACAAGAAUGUCUAUCUCUGAAAGGCAUCUGUUCCUGCAAGGUGGAAAUGGCAACGGGGACUCAGGGCUUGUCCUGUCAACAGAUGCCAAGCCAAGAUUGAAAUGGACACCAGACCUCCAUGAGAGGUUUACAGAAGCCGUUAAUCAACUUGGUGGAGCAGACAAAGCCACGCCAAAAUCAGUUCUAAAGCUUAUGGGGAUCCAAGGAUUAACCUUGUACCACUUAAAGAGCCAUCUUCAGAAAUACAGACUAAGUAAGAAUCUCCAUGGACAAGCAAAUGCUAGUGGGGCUAAUAAAGCUGUUGCAGCAGCAGGAGAAGAUAGGAUGUCUGAGAAUAGUGCAACUUGCAUGAGUAAUCCAAGCAUCGGACCCCAACCAAACAAAAACAUUCAAAUAAGUGAAGCAAUACAAAUCCAAAUAGAAGUGCAGAGAAGGCUUCAUGAGCAGCUUGAGGUACAACGACAUUUACAGUUACGGAUAGAAGCUCAAGGAAAAUAUUUGCAUGCCGUGCUCGAGAAAGCACAGGAAACCCUUGGAAGACAAGACAUGGGAACAGUAGGAUUAGAGGCAGCCAAGGUCCAACUAUCAGAAUUGGUAUCCACAGUAUCUAACCAAUGCCUGAACCCUACAUUUUCUGAUAUAAAAGAACUAUCAAGAUUUAGCAGCCAACAAACACAAGCUACCCAACUAGCAGAUCGUUCAAUCGAUAGCUGCUUGACCUCUUGUGAAGGCUCUUUGAGGGACAACACUAUGCAUAAUAACCAAAUUGGAUUGAGGCCUUUCGAGUUUACACCAUCUAUAGAAUGUAAGGAUAUUGAGAAUGACACCAGGAUACAACAGACAGCACUGAGAUGGUGUGACAACCUCAAGGAGAGCAACAAACUAUUCUCUGCAAUGAAUGAGGGUAAAGAAAAAAAAUUCACCACAGAGACUAACUGCAAGGACUUAUCAAUGAGUAUCGGACUUCAAGAUGGAAACUUGGAUGGAAGCAGUAAUCAUUCAGAUGGGAAAUUCAAUGGAACAGACACAACUGUCAGACUUUUUCACCAGGCAGCCAACAGAGGCGAUUCAAUGCCAGAGAGGCAGAAGUCUUCACAAGAGUAUAAGUUGUCUUACUUUGCACCUAAACUGGACCUAAACAUGCAUGAUGAAACAGAUGCAGCUUCAAGUUGUAAGCAAUUUGACUUAAAUGGUUUCAGUUGGACUUGAGUAACCUUAUAUCACAAAGGGUAAACCAUGAGAGGAGACGCCAGGUAACUUGCUUCUAAUAUUUUGAUUGAGAUAGAGAUCAGCAUAUGGAAACAUAGCCUGAUGGUUUCCUUGGAAGGAAAAAAUUAUGUAUAAUAAUUAAAAUUCCAGAUCAAAUAGAAAUAUAGAAUAUUGUAACUCCACUAGA